AUGGCUCGGAUUCACACCGAAGACCUAUUCGAGGUCAAGGUUGAGAUUAUAAAACUCAUGGCGGUCCUUGACCCAACGGGAGAUUGGAUGGGACGAGGAGCUAGAGCUCUCGAUAAUCCUCGUACCGCCACGGGGGAGGAGUCCGUGGGGAAACUCUAUGCCCUAUUGGAGGACCUGCAGACGAAUGGAGUGCAAUCACCUUCCUAUAAGAAAUUGAAAGGGAAGGUGUUCCAACGCAUUGAUCCAGAUAUGUCCGCAUAG